UCUUCAAUUUCCUGGGUCUGUGCAUCAAAAAAGUGGUUUUGAAUCAGCUAAUGUUGGGGACAGCGUGACGUUACGAUGUUUCUUCAGAGGUGACGUAACAGCAAUGUUUUUCUGGUACAAACAAACUCUGGGACAGAAACCACGUCUCAUCUCUACCUUCUAUAAACAUGAGAAACGUGGCACUUUGACUAAUGAAUUCAUGAACAAUCCGCGCUUCACACUGGAAACUAAGGAUGGUAAAAAUCACUUGACGAUCUCAAAUUUGCAAAUUUCAGACUCAGCCACUUAUUACUGCAUAAGCUGCAAUGCAUUCAAGUUUGAAUUUGCAGGGCGCAAUACUGUGAGUGUAAAGGGUUCAGGUGUGAACAUCCCAACCUUGGUCCAUCAGUCAGCAUCUGACACCAUCCAGCCAGGAGGCUCUGAGACUCUGAACUGUACAGUACACACUGGGACCUGUGAUGAAGAACACAGUGUUUACUGGUUCAAAAUCUUUGAAGAACCUCAUCCAGGACUCAUUUACACCCAUGGAGGCAGGAAUGAUCAGUGUGAGAGGAAACCCAACACACAAACACACACCUGUGUCUACAACUUGCCAAUGAAGAGCCUGAAUCUGUCUCAUGCUGGGAUCUACUACUGUGCUGUUGUCUCAUGUGGACACAUCGUGUUUGGAAACGGGACCAAGCUGGACUUUGAAGCAGAUGAGGUGAAUUCUCCCAUCUCCCUCGUGUUGCUGUUGGGUGGAGCUUUGGUGCUCACCACCAUCCUGGUUGUUUUGCUGGCUGUCUCAGUGCACAAGAUGAAGACGAGAAACAGCUGCCAAUGCACAGACUCUCAAAGAGUUUCAGCUCCUAUCACAACGACUGCAGAGGGUUACCAAGAUGCAGACAACCUCCAUUAUGCUGCUUUCAGGGAUUUCAAGGCCAAAAGAUCAAGAAGACAGAGAGACAACACCAAUAAUGAAUGUGUGUACUCCACUGUUAGGCAGUAGAGCUGGGCAUGUUUCAUCUAUACUGGUUUUGUUUAAGGUGAUUUCAUUCACGCUUGUUGAAAAGAUGUGAUGUGAUGAGCAGUUUAAGUACUUCAAACAGGCUUUGCAGUGAUAGUUGAGCUGUAUUGGGUCUUUUUUUAUUUGCUUAUUUUGAUACAA